AUGUGUAAAAACGCAGAAUAUGGAGCGAUUUGUGUUGACGACAAUGGUGGACAAGCUGAGAAAAACAAGCUAAAAAGUGAAUGUCUAAAACAAAAGGAAAUUGAAUGUCUACAACGCGAAAAAUGCAUACUUGAAAAAUUGGUAACGGAAUUAGAGAAUGCAUCACAGUUGCAGAAAUUUAAAAUUGAUGUGUACGAAAAGGAGCUGAAUACGACAAAAACGUUAUCGAGUAAUAGUGGAAUGCUGCAAAAAACUGCUUCAGCAGAAUCGUACAGCCAAGUGUUAAAAAAGCCAUUGUAUACCAACAAUGACUCAUCUGUGUUGCUGGUAAAAUCUUCUGAAAGAAAUUCUGAGGAUAUUUUCAAAAGAAUGGCUCAAGUAGUAAACCCUGCCAAUUUGGAAGUCUAUAUAAAUAGUACAAGGAAGAUAAAGAAUGGUGUUGCCGUCAUUUGCAACAAAAAAUCAAAUUUGGACAAAUUCAAAAACGUUCUACAAACCCAGUUAGGAGACGAAUACGUUGUCGAUGAGGCAAAAAAACAUAAACCACGCAUUCGUGUGAAGAAUGUUGAAAUAGCAGAGGAUCUAAACAGUGACGAUCAAAUAAUAGGUAGCCUAUUUUGUCAAAACAACUUGGAUACCUUCAAUUCUUCGGAUAUAAAAGUGAUCACUAAAUUAAAAAUGCGGAAUGGCUGUGACCUCAUCUUAGAGGUUUCUCCGGAGGUCCGGAAAAAAGUAAUGGUGCAAGAAUACGUCUAUAUCGGUUGGAAGAGAUGUGCAGUUACCGAUCAUCUUCAAAUUGUGCAAUGCUAUAAGUGCUCAGUGUUUGGUCAUACUGAUAAGCAGUGCAGAUCUGCAUCUGCUAGGUGCCCUUCUUGUUCCAGUGGACCAUUCAGCAAGGGAUAUGACUUGCCCUAUGUACUUAAAGUACAUCUCUAA